AAUCUUAUUCUAUUGGGCUCGGGCUUAAGACCAUUAGAAUCUUUUCGUUUAGAGAGAGAGACUCCAUUCAUCAUCUCUCAUCGUCAGAAUGGGUAGCAGAGCAGUUAUGCUUCUUCGAGCUAAUCCGCAGUUCUUCAGCUUCAGAAACGGCGCUUUUCCAAAAGCAUUUCAACCGAGUAAGCGAUUUUACGCGGCGAAGUAUAGUCUCGAGCCGCCGGAUGUUCCGCGUUUGGCUGAGAAAGCUCGGAUUUCUCUCUCCCCAAAACAAGUCGAAGAAUUUGCUCCCAAAAUUCGGCAAGUGGUAGACUGGUUUGGGCAGCUUCAGGCCGUAGACCUUCAGAGUAUCGAACCAGCCAUAAGAGCAGAUACUGAAGGUGACAAUCUGCGCGAUGAUGUGCCUCAAGUAUUUGAUAAUAGGGAUGCUAUAAUAGCCGCAGUGCCCAACUAUGAAGAUUCAUAUAUCAAAGUUCCAAAGGUCUUAAAUAAGGAGUAAUAUAGUUGGUUCUCAUUAACUGACUUUGUUCAUCAUUUAUGCCGGACAUUUUGGCUUACCAUUUUUCUUGUUUAUAUUAAUAUCCCUCUCUCUCUC